GUACAACUUAAAAUUGUAUAUUUACGUUAUAGUACAACUUCAGAUUGUACCUAUACUUUUUGUGCAAAUUAUUUUACGGUACAACUUGAACUUGUACCUUUAUGUGAUGGUACAACUUCAAGUUGUAAAGUUGUACCAUAACAUAAUGGUACGAAUUGCUUUAUACAACCUAAACUUAUACAUUUAAUGUCAUGGUACAACUUUGAGUUGUACAUUAAAGCACCAAUGCUAUAUAGCAUAGUAGAAGUGCUCGUAAAUUUAAUCACAAAAUAUGUCCUAUUUUUGGUCCGGCUUUUCGAAGUGCUUUUCGGCUUCAAAAGUUGAAGUCGGGCCAAACACCUCUAAAAGCUCGGCUUUUGAGAAGCUGAAAAGCACUUUUGUAUAACAUAAAAGCAGAAACUCCGAUUUGGAGCUUGUGCGAAAAGUUGUUUUAAAAAUACAAGAUUAUCCUUACCAUAUUUUAAUCUUACUUCAGAAGAUAUAAUUUUAUUUCAUUUCAAUCAUUUUAAAGAUAUUAUAAAUUAUAAAAUCAUAUUAUUUAAUAUAAAAGAAAUCUAACAAGAUUCAUAUUGACUACUUUUUAUUGUUUAGAAUUUUUAUUCAUAUUUUAUAUUCUAAAUCCUUUAUAGUCAUUUUACAUAACCUCUCAUAUUAAAAAGUAUUUCUAAUAGUUUUUCAGCUAAACACUCAACUGCUUUUUUUGAAAAGUACUUCUCUAAAAACUCCUGUCAGAAGCUGCUUUUGCAAAAACUACAACAGGGCCAAACUGAGCUAUGGUUAAUCUAUGAACAAAGUUUGUACCCAAUGCUUUGGCUGACCAGUCAUUAUGUCAUUCCUAACGAAAUAAAAUAUUAUGGGUAGUUUUAAUAUCUCAUAUAAAUCUCUUUUCUGCUCUUGACUUGGUGUAGGAUCGAUCUCUUUCAUUCAUUCUAUGUUCUUGUUGAAAUUCCUUCAACAAUGGUCGGCUAAACCAAUCGGGAGUGCUCAAAUGGCUACUUCGUACCAAUCACAACUGCCUUAGUCAUUACUUUUUAUUAGUUGUUGUCUUUUUCUCUUCCAAUGUGGUAAGCACGUUUGAGUAAACCAAAUAUAUCCAUGGGAAGUUUUUCGUUGGGACCUCAGCUACAUUUCCUCGCCGAACUCGUUGCUUAAAUCAUGUCUUAUGAGCUGCGUUGUUGACUUGCCUUAAAUUAUCGGUUGACAUAUUGUUGAGUAGGAUAUUUAUUGGUUUACAGUAGGCUAUUGAAGAUUUUGGUGGCUUUAGCAAUGCUGUCAAAGCCGAGCCGAGCCGGCCGAGCCGUCAAAACCGCCACCCGACCAUAAAACCGGCUCGACUAAGUUAUUUAGCCGGAGUGGUUCUUUGGGGCGGUCGGCGAGCGGCCGAAGCGGUUAACCGCUCGAACCGCUCGAGCCGCUCGGCCGGCUUUUUCCAUUUGGGCCGGUUGCUUUAAUUAAAAAAAAAUAUCAAAAAUAAAAAAUGAAAGGGGAGGCUGCUGUAAACGUAACCCUAAUUGACAUUGAGACAUUCAUUUCUUCUCCCCCUUCGCGCAGCAGCCAGACACGAAGAACGGAAGAAGAGCCAGUCGCCGUCUCCGUUCGCGGGUCCCCGUCCCCGUCGCCGUUCGCGGGUCCCCGUCCCCGUCGCCGUUCGCGGGUCCCCGUCACUGUCUCCGUUCGCCAUCAGCACGCCGCUGCUUUCCUCCCGCGCACCCAGAUCCUCUCCUCGACCGAUUACUCCAUCACCACCGGAUCUGACCUCUGCAUUGUCACCGCCGGCGCCCGCCAGAACCCGGGAGAAUCCAGGCUCAAUCUUCUUCAGCGGAACGUCGGCCUCUUCAGGUACCGGUUCUCAAACGAUUUUUAAACGGUCUAAUGUCGGUUGGACCACUAAUGACCGAGCCGUUCACGUUACCGGGUCAUACUCCUGCUUGGCUUUGACGGCUUUAGCCUUUAGUGGAAGAUACCCCUCUCGGUCGAGUGGGUUGUUAACUUGUUAUCAAUCCAAAUGGUUUUGUUGGCACUGAUUCAGGUCACAUGACAAUACGAGAGCUGAGGAGAGAUAUUUAGUCCACAAUGCAUUGGUUAAGGUUAAUGCUCACCAAUCAAGAAAAAUAGUAGUUUCCUUUUCAGUAUUCAUUUCUAUUCUUUCUCUUUGUUUUUCAUGUUUGUUUUUUCUGAAAUGUAUAGUAACAUUGUUCUUAUGAAGAGAAAAUGAUUAUGUGUUGCAUCCAACCUAUAAAAAUCAAUGUAAAUAUGAGAGUUUUACAUCAUUUUUGCAUAUUCAAUACAACAAUUCGAUAUACAAUAUUGCAAUUAAUAAUAUUUGGUUUGUGAUUUUAAAAUUAUGCGUUAGACAAAAAAAAUUAUAUUACUUAUUAAAAUCCAAAUAAAUUAAUCAAAAUAUGAAAAUCGAAGCAUCAAGCACCAUAAAAAUACCUGCAGGAUACUUAGUGGGCUAGCUAAGCCCAAUGAAAAUGUCAUCUGCUUUUGAUAUUUAACUCUGUAUAUGUUUUUUAUUCAAAACAAUACAACAAAUAUGUUUAGGGUAAUUGAUUAUAAUUCUUGUCUUUGUCCGAAAAGAUCCUAGUUCUAAUUCUAGAGCUUAUAUUUUUUUAUGAAAUAAAAGAAAUAAUUGUAAAGAUAAUAGUGUCAUUUGUACUUUCACUCUCCUUAUGGAAUAAACAAAGCUUUACUAUAUAUAUGUUAUAGAGGAAGAUGUGUAGAGGUAAAGGUUGGUUAUGAACUUAUGAAUGACAAUUAGGAUAAUUGUAUCCGUAUCCUAUUCAAAGAAAAAAAAAGGGAUAAUAGCAUUUUGUGCCCCUCUACUAUUGUGAAUUAACAAACAUACCCGUGUUAGGGUCGACAGCGUUGAUGAUCGCCGGUUGCUCUACAGAAGAAGGGAGAAGGUGAAGGGAUUAACUUCUUUUAGUUUUUUAAUUCGGCGGUAAAUGCUUUUUAAUUAAAACGGAAUUUCUUAAUUAGAUAGGUGUAGUUAGGUCAUUUCGGAUCCCAGUUAACAGUGAGAAAAUGGAAUUUUCAACAAAAUGGUAUUUUUGUUACGUUCUAAUAUUAGAAGGGCAUGUUUGUGCAAAAAAAAAAAUAGUACAAGGGCACGUUUGUUAAUCCGUAAUAGUAGAGGUGGAUUGCUAUUCGUCGCCCUAAAAAUCCUUAUUCGUCGCCCUAAUUAUAUUAAAUUUACUCUAAUGCCCUUAGUUUAGUUUUUAUCUUUUAAUCACUUAAACCCUUAAACAAAUACAUCCAUCCAAUCGUUACUAGAGCAGACCACGUCACCGGAGGCUCAAUCGUCGUAGUCAGCCUCAGCCCCAUCAUCACCCUACGUAGCAACUUAGACACACGCUAAUAACUAGGCAACUGUCGUUGUAGGCGGUGGGAUCUUGCUGUGGAGGGACAGUACAGAGAGAAAAACUAGGAGAACGAGCAGAACAGAGGCGAAGAGGGAGAUGGAGAUGGAGCUUCCCAAGUGCUUGUAGUACUUGUCGGAAACACUGCACACCUUUGCCCACCCCAGCGUGCUUGUUGCUCUUCAGGCCGACGUAGGCCACAUCGCCAGCCGUCGUGAUGGCCGUGGAAACUAUUGCUAGCGUCAGCUGCAAAGCAGGGGAUCAGAGGGAGUUAAUGGUUUUUUCGGUAAAUUAGUUAGUUACUAUUUACUACUUACCACGUCCAAGAAGAUGAAGUGAAGCAGGAACUUGUUUUUUGCUUCCGCAGAUGCUAGGAAGGUGAUGAUGGUGUAUGGGCGGCUACGCAGAGUGUUGAAAUGAAAUUAGAGUUAGGGAUAAAUGUGUCAAUUCAGUGUGUUUUAGGGCGAUAAAAUUUAAAUUUUAGG